CGGCUUGCCGAGCAUGCGCGGUGGGCCGGUGCGAGGAGGCACGUGAAGGUCGCUUGGCUGCCCGCCUCGGCUCCGCUUCCCUCCUUUCUCGUUUCCGAAGUCGGGCUCGGCAUGGACUCUUCGUCCGCCGCGGGGGAAUUGGGCGCGGCCGUCAACGACCCGCAGCUGCAGCACUUCAUCGAGGUGGAGACGCAGAAGCAGCGCUUUCAGCAACUCGUGCACCAGAUGACGGAGCUGUGCUGGGAGAAAUGCAUGGACAAACCUGGGCCCAAGCUGGAUAGUCGAGCAGAGACCUGCUUUGUGAACUGUGUGGAACGCUUCAUAGACACCAGCCAGUUUAUUCUCAACCGACUGGAGCAGACACAGAAAUCAAAGUCGGCCUUCUCAGAGAACCUGUCUGAUUGAGCCAGGGCUGUUGACUGUCCCUGUUUCCUUAACUAAAGGAGAACAACUGACCCAAGUUGGGUGAGGAGGAAAGAGAAAAGGGAGAGCAGAGGAAAAGGACCGAUAGUAAAAAGAGGCUGUGCAGGUGGUUGGCCUCCUCAUUUGUGACAGACUCCAGGGCUUCCUGCCACCAUUCUGGUUUUCAGCACCCACCGUCUGAAGAGAAACAGUCAGGCUGUGCAAUGUCAUACACUUGCUGCUUACCCAUGGGCUUAUGCUGCCCUGUUUUCUUUUAAUAACAGAAGCUUCACACCAGGAUCGUAUGGUUUUGAUAGUCUCGCUUUCCCCAGUGGUUUGGCUACGGAAGCACAUCUGUUCAUAUUUGAGAAAAUGUCUUUUUUGAUAUAAGGGCGUUUGGGAGGCUUCCAACACUAAUGUGAAUCCUAGGAAAGGCAGGGUGGAAAUGUGCCUUUCACAAAUGGUACUGUGCUUUAGCCCUACUCUUUUAAGCUUGCAACUCAGUGGACCUUUGUGUGCCACAGCAGGGUGCCGUGUUUGAACAGAGUGAACGUGGGUUUAGCUUGCAGAAGUGUGCCAGUGGAGCCCUUUUGUCCUUAAUGAGGUGCUAGGAAUUACCCCACCCCCCCCAAUUCUGAUUGUGGCUGUUGGGAAGGAAUGUCACUUUUGUGGUCAUGAAAAUGUGUCACUUGAGAAAUACAAGAGCUAAUACUGACUCCCUCUCCAUUCGUUGCUUUCUCCCAAUCAACGGAAUAAAAACAUCAAUUGGGUCUAUUUAAAACUGCCUGUAGAGUUGGUGGCAUUCAUUCCUUCAACUAGAUUUGCCUGGAUUCGGUGUAGGGUAGUAAAUACAGUGCAUUUGGCAGCCCUGCACACAAGUUGCAGCCCAGUCUCUGGCAGCCCUGCACACAAGUUGCCUGAGCAAUAGUCCGCAAAUUAGUCAAGCACAUACAAUGUAUAUCGACCUUUGUCUCAAAAUGUCCUCCAGAGUUAUUUGCUAACCAACGUUUUUACUAGCUUGCCCGCCUGCUCACGUAAAACUAGGAGUUUGUGGCCCCCACAAAGAGACAGCUUUGGCAGAGUUUCCUUGCUUGAUUGGCUGGACCUUUACCAUGUGCGACCAAAUGAAUUAUUUCUUAGCAUUGGGACAGUCUUAAAACGACUAAUGGUUAGAAAAAGAAUUAGCUGGUACAUAUGAAGAAGCACAACCUAUACAUUCUCAAAAGUAAAUUAGUUUGCCAACUUCAAUCACUGAAAAAAUUAUAAUACAAAUACCAAAGGACGAGUUGUGUUAAUCUGUUGCAGUACAAACAAGACUUAAUACCAACAAAUGUGUUGUAUCAGUGUUUGUAAUCUGAAACCCACCAUCACACCCUGAAACUGGUCACCUAAAUAAGUGGGCAUGUGUAUUCUUGAGCAGUGAAGGGAAAAAGCGAGAUACUUUAUUUCUGACAUUCCACAUUU